CACUCACAAAGAGCACACCAGCUUGUACCAGGCAGGAGUCUGGUUGUUGAAUAUUAGCAUCAUUAUGUCAAGUCAAAGUGAAUCCAUUGGAGCAGGAGACAAUCUACUGCAAACUCCUGAACAGAUUUCAACAUAAGCACCUUCAUAUUCUGAUUUCCAGGAACCUGGCUCAACAAGACUCAGACAGAUGUCGCCUGCUCAUGUACGUAAAUUUGGGUGGACGAGGAAAAUGCGAGAAAGGAGGGAUUUGAAGGAAGAUGACAACCCUGAGGAGAAAGCACGAAGACAUAAAGAGCUGGAGCUGAAGCCUCUGUAUAAGGAGCUGUUAUACACCAUCGCUCAUAAGAUGGGUAACCCAUCAUCAUCCAAGGUCUUCACAGAUAGUCAGCUUCAAGAGUACAUCAAGGAGGCUUUCACUAUGACAGAAUCAGAGCACAACAGCCUGAUGGAGAGAGUACAGAUCACAGAGCCUCCAGUAUAUUGCCUGAUGGCAACUGUUAAGGAAGCCAAGGGAAUCCUGGGAAAAGAUGUCAGUGGCUUAAGUGACCCCUACUGCAUGCUGACCAUAAUGGAGGAUGAGAAAGAGAGUCGAACACGCCAGUCCAGAGCCAAACCCUGCAAAUCUAUUGUAAAAGAUGCUGUAUCAGAUGACAAAAUCUAUCAGACAGACAUAAAGAAGCAGACUCUGAACCCCAUAUGGAACCAGACCUUUGUACUAGAGUUUGAAGACAUGGCUGGUGCCAGCUUCCAUCUUGAGAUGUGGGAUAAGGACGAAGAGGUUUCACUCACUCAGAAACUAGAGGAGAUCAAAACCAACUUUAACAGCUUAAGAAGGAUGAUCAAGGAGGCCAAAAAGGAAAAAGGCACAGAUGACUUUUUGGGAAAGGUGGUCGUAAAACUACAGGAUCUCCACUGUACAGAAGACAACUGGUACCAUCUGGAGCCCAGAACAGAGACGUAUCCCGAUCGCGGCCAGUGCCACCUGAAUCUCAAGUUCAUCCAUAAAUGUAGAGACGGGACGCUUAGUGCUGGUCGUAAUGCUUACAUCAACUAUUGUGGGAUUCUGCAGCAGUUUGUUCAGGCUUACAUCUCCAAGCAGCAGAGCUCUGGUCCAUGGAAAGGUGCGCUGUGUGGUGAGGCUCAGACUCUGCUGGAGCUCUACGCCACGCAGAAUGACCUCUCACCUUUUCUUCAGGACCUGGCGAAGUGGGUGGCUUACAGUAAGCUGUACCAGAGUUUAGAGGUGGACUCGUCGGUGCUGUUGCAGCAGCUGACCAGUAUAGAGUACCACUGGCAUCAGCAGGAGCUGCCUUACCAACAGAAACAGGAACUUGGGGACUCUCUUCACGGUUUCCUACAGUACGGAUUGUGCCUGGUGGCCAAAUACAGAGACAUCUUCCCCCCAACUCCCACUGCUAGUCCAAAACUACACACACUGCUCAGAAUCUUGGUCCAGAUCUGUAAGACUCAGGCAUUUCAGAAACUGAACCCAGCUCAGUUUGAGUUACAUGAUGAGGUCAAUGAUGCCAUACGGACAGGUACACAGGAGUGGUUUACCAUCAAAAAGGGUUUGCAUCAGCCAAUGACUAAGGACCUGUCAGAGAUUGUGAGCGCCCUCUCCAGGUUGAUUGGGGAAGUACAGGAAGACAUAAAGCACAAUAAGGAUGUCUGGAAUCGAGUAUUUGUCAGUGCUGUGCAGGUGGAUUCAUUCACUGUCGUCUACAAGAAGUUUGACUCCCUGCUUGCCAAGGAGGUGAGGGAAACCUUAUCCCUGAUGGAGGGUCAGAUGGAACAGGCCCUGGCCAACAGCCUGUUCCCUGUUUACCUGAGUCUGCAGGUUAUCCAAAAAGACAAGGCUUUCCUACAGAAAAGGGGAGUACUUGAGCUGACAAACUUUCAAGAGGACUUCAGGGAGGCUCUGCCCUACUGGCUGAACCAAGCAUUCAGCACAACUCAGGACAGGGUGGAGAGGGCUGUGCAGGUAGACCAGCUUCAGCCCCUGCAGUCUGGUGCUGUGCCCAUAAAGCACAGUUCCUCAGCAGUGGACCUGGUGGCAUGUAUCCAGCCUAUCUGCCACCUGUGGGAGCAGCUGUCCUGGCCUGACCCAGAGGAGGCCUUCAUGCUUAUGGUCAAGCUCACAGAGGAUGUGUGUAAGAUUGUGGUGAACUACUGUCACAUCCUGAAGGAGAGAGUCAGGGUGCUGUCUGAGAACUCUGACCACAGCAGCGCCAUCAACAUGUUGUGUGUGGUGGUGAAUGACUUGGAGCAUUUGCGGUCAGUGCUCACCCGACUUCCUACACAGUUAAACUGGCCGGGGCUUCGAGACAGGACUCAAAAUGUCAUCGGGGAAAGCCAGUUUGAGAACACUCUGCACUUACAGCUCCAGCAAGCCCAGAAUGUCCUCGGAAAAGAGAUCCGCUCCGCUUUAGACACUCUUGGGAAAAAGUUAAACACGGACAUUGAGACUCAUGUCAGAAACAUGUCAACCAGGCGGAGGAUUCCUUCCAAGUCCACAGAGGAUGCUGUGGCCCCUCUGAUGCGCUACCUGGAACAAGAGCUGAAGUACAUGAAUGAAAACCUGGUCCAAGAGAACUUCAACAGUCUCCUAACUCCUUUGUGGAAUAACUCGGUGAAGAUCCUCCACCAGGUGGCUACUCAGCAUCCACAGCAAGAGGGAUUCAUGGUGUUCUGCCAGAGACUGCUGUAUACACUGCAGUGCCUGGAGCAGUGCUUCCACGCUGAGGGGAAUGGGCUUCCUCUGUGUACACUCCACUCUGAAGAGUACAAGGUUCUCAAAGGUCACCUGACUCACAACUCUCUGAGCAGCCGGCAGCUUAUGGAGAAGUUCUUUGAAAGGAAAAUAUGGGAGCAGAAUGUGUACAGUGGGGAAAAAUAUGGCGCUGUCACCCUCCUCACAUCCUACAGGAGAUCAGACCAAAGACUCAGAGUUGAGGUGUUGAAUGCGGUCAACCUCUUACCAAUGGAUUCUAAUGGUCUUAGCGAUCCCUUUGUGCAGCUGUGUCUGGAGCCUUACCACAUUUUUCCUGAGGUGGAGCCUCGGUGCACUCAGAUCAAAAGCUGUGAUCUCAACCCUCUUUUUGAUGAGGCCUUUGAGUUUCUGGUUUCCCUGGAUCAGUGCCAGGCUGCAGGGACCUGUCUGGCUGUGACAGUUUUGGACCACGACACCUUGAGGACAGAUGACUUUGAAGGAGAGGCCUUCCUCGCCCUCAAGGCCAUACCAGGAGUUGCCGGAGGAAGGGAAGGAGAUGGAUUCAGCACACAGCCAGACCCAGUCCCUGCUCAGAUCCGACUGCCUCUGAUGCAUCCUAAACCUAAUGAGGACAGCAUUCUGAGGCUACUUGAGUCCAGGAAAGGAGAGCGUGAAACUCAGGCCUUUGUGAAGAAGCGAAGACAGAGAGAGAAACAGUCCCAAGAGGGGAUUCAACCAUAACAAGCACAAA